UUCAGAAGUAAACAGCAAAUUUCAGGUUUUCAUUUACAAUAAUAACAAGCUAAUAUAGCCACAAGGACAGUGCUGGUUGCCGGUGCUUCACCAUGAAGAAGGAGGAACCCAUAAUGGAUGGGCCGAAGCGCAUGCAGAACGAGCUGAAGGAAAUGAUGGAAAACACGCAGCUGAAACAGUUUCGAUGCCUCGAGGUGGAGCCGAACAAUAUUUACAAGUGGUACGGGCUGAUUCUGCCCGAGAAGCCACCCUACGAUAAGGGCGCAUUCAGGCUGGAAAUCGAUUUUCCCGAACAGUAUCCCUUCAAGCCCCCCACGCUGCACAUCAAUACGCGGAUCUAUCAUCCCAAUGUGAAUGAGCGAGGUCAGGUGUGCCUGCCCAUACUGGAGACCGAGCACUGGAAGCCCACAUCCCGCAUCGAGCACAUACUGCAGGUGCUGAUAGCCACCAUCAAUGAUCCGCAGCCCCAGAACGCGUUUCGCGUCGAUGUCGCCUCCGAGUAUCAGAACGAUCUGAAGAAGUUCAACAAGAUCGCCGAGAUCUGGGUGAUGCGCUUCAGCGAGCAUCGGCCCACUGAGGAGGAGCUGGCUAAGUUGGCUCGCAAAAAGAAGAAGAAGAAAUAGGUGAAUGCUAUUAAAAAUAAUAGCAUUUCUCUCAGUGUAUUGCACGUAUUUCAUUUCGCCAACUGCGCGCCGCUAUUGAAAGUUUUGUAAUCAUUAUUUGGCCCGAAGCCGGGAUUAGCUGGACCGGCAACAUCAACCGUGCUGCUUGCAUAAUGCGCCAGCCACACGUUAAAGCCGAACAUUAAAGACCGAUGUCUGCUGCUGCCGCUGACAUAUCGCCGUCUAAUUGGGAGGAGUGCAGUCCGGAGAGAAAAAACAAAAUAGACAGAAGAAAUGUUAACAAGCAAAGAGCACAGAAAGACGCCAAGCUGCCAAGCUGCCAAGCCGCCAAGCUGCCUAUUUUCGUGCCCAUCCCCACGACCGCCAGCCAGCUGUGAGAUAAAUCAUUUGACUCAAAACGGCUCGCAGACGCCAUGCAGAGCGCAGCCAGCUUGGUUCUGGAUCCAGCCUGGGGGCGGCAUCACCAGCAACAUUAGCCAUCGUCAUCGUCAUUGUCAUUGUCAACGGCAUCAGCGUCAUCAGCAUCCGCAUCAGCGCCACGGGCCCCAGUUCUAGUUGUUCUCCACCCACAUCCACAUGAAUCGGCUGUGGCGGGCAUGUCUGUGCUGCCAAGCUAUUUGUAACCAACAACAGUGUACAUCUGGUUUUAAUCAGUUUCUCCAGAUAAAGCGCUAGAGCUGUGAGAGAGCCGCCUCUACUCCAGCCAGCAAUCAGAUAUGCUAGAUUAUAAGACUGCUCUAAGGACGAUUUCUAAAAGGUAUCAUACAUCGCCUAUUAAUUGUGCCGUUCGCAUCCCGAGUCUCUUGCAAUCAAUCAAUUGCAUUGAAAAAGCGAAUUUUUGUUUUUAACAGCCAGCUAUUUGUCUCCAGUUUAACCUACUAUACGGAUCAGAUGUUAAUACGAACUUGGCCUUGGGCUCCCAAAAACGACAAUUAUAAUCAAAAACGUAUUGAAUCUAUAAUUAGGAUCAAAAUGGAGAAACAACUGGAGUUAGAAAAUGCUCGUUUAAAAAAAAAAAGGAUAAGCAUAAUAUUUUUGUAUAGAGUUUUGCUAGAUUGUAGGGCCUCCAUUAUAAAAUACUACAGUAUGGACAAUGGAAACUUUCUUUCGAUUUUUUUGUUAUAAUAUUUAACUCAACUAUUUACCACCUCGAA